UUGGCAGGAGUGACCAGAAUAAAAACAGCAACACCAGACAUAGAAGAGAAAAAAGUGCAAUGAUCCAUCGAACCAAAUGCUUUGCCCUUUCCUAAUUACGUCGUGUCCAGUAUUAUUUUCUCUUUUCCUCCCCAUUUCAUUUUUUUUGAGACAUUUUUGAAGUGGUAAUUAGCUCUUGGAGAAUAAAACCAGCUGAUUCGGGGAGGGCCAGUGCAUUUUGGGGCGAGAUGGCUAACAGGAGGUUUGUGUUGCUCCUUCUCGGAUUCAUCCUCACAAUACAGCUGAGUCCUUCACUGCAAGGAGGGGUGUAUGUGCCACCGGGUGCUGGAUUGCUACCAGGUGCUGGACUUUACCCAGGUGCUGGGACGUCCCAAUACAAAGCAGCAAAAGCAGCAGCAGGAGGAUAUGGAGGUGCUGCUGGGACUCAAACAGGAGCUUUAGGGGCUGUAGGUUAUGGAGCUGGUGGUUAUGGGGCUUAUGGUGCAUAUGGUGGUGCUGGAAGAUUUUACCCAGUGGCUGGAGGUCUGAAACCGGCUAAAUCAGGCACUGGGCUACCUGGAGGAGGUCUUCCUGGAGGAGGUCUACCUGGAGGAGGUCUUCCUGGAGGAGGUCUUCCUGGAGGUGCUGGUGGAAAACCUGCUAAAGGGCCAGGUGCAGGAGGAACUGGUACUGGUCUUCCAGGCCUUGUCAUUCCUCAGACCGGGGUACAAGGACUGGGCCCUGGUGGGGUUGGACCUGGGGGAAAAGCAGCAAAGGCCGGAAAAGCUCCAGUGCCGGGAGUGGGAGUGCCUGGACCAUAUCACGGAGGACUUGUUCCUGGACAAGGCUUCAAUGGGCGGGGUGUUCUUCCUGGUGUAGCCACAGGAACUGGACUCAAACCUAAAUCAGCUGCUGGUGGAGGGCAGGGUCUGGUACCGGGUGGUGGUGGGCGUGGAUAUGGACCACUGCAACAAGGAGUAUUUCAUGGAUACCCUCUCAAAUCUCCCAAAGCCCCAGGUGCUGGGUUACCCUACACUGGUGGUAAACUUCCAUACGGUUAUGGUGGUUUUGGUGGAGGUGCUGGACUCCCUGGUGGGAAAAGAAGAGCUGGCUCCAAGCCAGGUUAUCCAACAGGGACUGGUGUUGGGACUUUAGGGGUCUCUGCUGCACAGGCCAAAGCUGCUAAAUAUGGUACUGGAGCUGGUUUUGGUGGGGCUGGAGCUUUUCCGGGUGGUGCUGGUGGACUUUACCCUGGUGCAGGAGCUGGUUUAGGUGGUGUUGGAGCAGGUGGUGCUGGUGGACUUUAUCCAGGGGCAGGAGGUGUGGGUGUUUUUACACCAGCUCAAGCUAAAGCAGCGAAAUAUGGUCCUGGUGUGCUCUCCCCUGCUCAGGCAAAAGCUGCUAAAUACGGUGCAGGAGUAGUUCCUGGUGCGGCUGGGAUUGGUCCUGGUGGUGCUGGGAUUGUGCCAGGAGCUGGAGGGGUCUAUCCUGGAAAGGGAGGUCUUACUCCUGCCCAAGCAAAAGCUGCUAAAUAUGGUGCAGGAGUAGUUCCUGGUGCGGCUGGGAUUGGUCCUGGUGGUGCUGGGAUUGUGCCAGGAGCUGGAUGGGUCUAUCCUGGAACGGGAGGUCUUACUCCUGCCCAAGCAAAAGCGGCUAAAUACGGUGCAGGAGUAGUUCCUGGUGCGGCUGGGAUUGGUCCUGGUGGUGCUGGGAUUGUGCCAGGAGCUGGAUGGGUCUAUCCUGGAACGGGAGGUCUUACUCCUGCCCAAGCAAAAGCGGCUAAAUACGGUGCAGGAGUAGUUCCUGGUGGAGCUGGGAUUGUGCCAGGAGCUGGAGGGGUCUAUCCUGGAACGGGAGGUCUUACUCCUGCUCAAGCAAAAGCUGCUAAAUACGGUUUGGGUGGGGCAGCUGGAACUGGUGUUGUACCUGGUGUUGGAGGACUGUACCCUGGAGCUGGAGGUGCACCAGUUGGUGGAGUAGUGGGGGGAGCUGGAGGAAUCCCUGGAACAGCAACAGGGGCUGGAGUGUAUCCAGGUGGAGUGAAGCCUCCUAAAUAUGGAGGAGCAGGAGGGGCCAGUGUUGUCCCAGGCUACGGUUCUGUUGCUGGGUUCGGAGGAGUUCCUGGAGCUGUGCCUGGUGCUGGAGGGCUAGGAGCUGGCGCCAAACCUCCUAAAUAUGGAGUGCCUGGAGGAGUUCCAGGAGGAGUGCCUGGAGGAGUACCAAUAACUGGAGCAGGAGUAUACCCUGCUGGUGCCAAGGCUCUUAAAUAUGGUUUGGGUGCUGGUGGUGGUUUACCAGGAGGGACUGGUGUUGUGUCUGGACUCCAGAGACCAGGUUUGGGUGGAGCUGGUGGACUCCCAGGUGGAGUUGGAACAGGAACUGGAUAUGGAGGAUAUGGGACUGGGGUAAAACCACCUAAAUACGGUGUUCCAGGUGGAGUACCAGGCGGGGUACCUGGUGGAGUACCUGGUGGAGUACCUGGAGGGUAUCCAGCAGGAGUUAAACCUCCAAAAUAUGGAGUUGCAGGAGGUGCAGGUACGGUACCUGGUGCAGCAGGAGCACCACUGCCUGGAACUGGGACAGGACUGACACCAGGAGUCGGGGUUGGAGGAUAUCCUGGUGGAGUCAAACCUCCUAAAAUUGGUGCUGGGAUCACUGGAACUGGUAUAGCAGCUCCUGGUGCAACACCUGGUGGUGAUGUGGUGGUCGUACCGGGUGGCACAGGUAUUGGUGUUCCUGGUGGUACUGGUCUGCCCUUUGCACCAAGUGGAAAACCAGCAAAGCUUCCAACCCUGGCUCCUGAAGGGACUGCUGUACCAGGUGGUGCGCAAAGAUUGCCUAGUGCUGGUGUUUCUAAACCUGGAGCAGGUCCUGGAGGGUUUUAUCCUUAUGGCUAUGGCCCAUUUUCUGGAAGCACUGGGAUCAGAACUGGUGUGUUACCUGGAGCCAAACCUCUGAAAGCCCCUGUUGUUGGAGGAGCAGGCAGUGUCGCAGGUGUAGGGGGAGUUGGAGGGGCAGGGGCUUUUCCUGGACUCGUACCUGGAGCAGGUGGAGGGUUUCCAGCAGGUGUUGGUGUGGGAGCUGGUGGUGUUGGAACUGGUGCUAAACCACCUAAACCAGGCUACGGCUCUUUGGGUACAGGAUACGCACAGCCAGGUGGUGUAGCUCCGGGAGGAUAUGGAGGAUAUCCACAAGCAUAUCCAGCUCCAGGAGGAUAUGGAGGAUAUCCACAAGCAUAUCCAGGAGGAUAUGGAGCAGGACUGUCACCACAACAAGCCAAAGCAGCCAAAUACGGAGGUGGACUGACGGGAUUCCUGGGAGCAGGUUAUCGAGGUGGAGCCGGCUGCCAAGGAAAAUACUGCGGGAGGAGAAGAAAGUAAAGGAUCUCUUGAGAUGUGAAGUGACCUCAAGAAACAUGGUGCUACUGCAUGCUCCAGAAUGUACUUUUGAUACUCAAACAAACAAUCCCAACAUGCACAAGUGUUAUGUUUUGUACUGAAGGUAAAUAUUUGUUAUGAAUCCAAGUCCAGAUCUCUGAAACGCCUAGUGUUUUGUGGAAAUAAUUCCAAUCCUAAUGGCACAUUCCAUCAUGUUACUGGUUCCUAUUAUAACCGGGUUGAUUAGCCGGCAAUGCUGUUGUGUAGCUGUAAACGUUUUAACCACGACCUCUUAUUUGUGGACGUUUCUGAGACCAUCCGAAGCCCUUUUGCUCAGUUGCAGUCACGAUCUCGCUCUCUAGACUCUUAAAGUAACACCAUUUCUUGCCUGCACAACAUCAUCCAGCGUCCUCGCGACACAUCGGUGGUGCAGGUUUAGAGUCCUGUCAUAGCGUCAUACUGCUGAUUAAAUACUUCACAUCUGGCUGUGCUUCAGCUUAGGGGUUUGCCUGUUAUUUUCACCCUUCAGCAGCUUUACGAUUACAGUCCUUUAUGGGUGACUCUCUCACACACAAAUUAUAUUUUGCAUGAAGAAACUUAUGCCUGUUUUAGGUAGGCACACAGAUUUUAGUUGCACACAUUUUCCACCAAAAUUCUAAUGCAUUUGGUGCUUUAAUUAUUUGUAAUUAUUAAUUGUUCUCGGUGGCAAUAUCUUAUUCUCAUUACUGUAAUACAGCGUGCUACAAAAAAAGUGUUUAAUUUAAAAUCA